AGUCGCCAUUUCAUCGUCUACUUGAGUUGGCCAGCGGCGGCCCAGUGCUUUGACUGUUUAUGUUUUGUUUAUUACGAAAUUGCGGAAGUAUUCUUGACAUUGAAAGAAAUGGUAACUGCGUUGAGAACGGCUUUAAGAUUGAGUGCACUAGCAAGCGCUAGUCUAGGCGGUUAUUACGCUGGGAAGCAUUUCGGGCACCGAGACUCAAGCGAACGCGAUGACGAUAUCACGAAAAUUUUGUCGAACAUAGCUUUCGGUAUCAAGCCCGGAUUGCCAAUUUUUGGCACUGUAUCUGCGGCUGUACCGAUUGCUUCUUCAGAAAUUGACAUGGGUUCGAAACUUUCGACGGCAGCGUCCAGGGUGUCGCAGAUCAUGAAAUAUGGAUUUCCGGGCCUUGAUAACAUCAGGUCGUUUGACAACUUUGUCCUAUCUUAUGACAGGCGAAACAGAGUGGCUCACUGGGUUUUUGAACACCUGACCAAGGAGAGGCUACAAAAUAACCAGAAUAUAGAUCGAUCAAAAUGUGAAUUUAAACCCGAUGAAAGUAUACAUCCAUACUUUAGGUCCGAUAAUACAGACUAUAAAGGGAGUGGAUACGAUCGUGGGCACUUGGCCGCCGCUGGCAAUCAUAAAAUAGAUCAAAAACUUAUUCAGCAGACUUUUACGUUAUCUAACAUGGCACCACAAGUUGGUCCUGGUUUUAAUAGAAAUUCUUGGAAUAGGUUAGAAAAAUAUGUGAGAAAAUUAACCAAUGUUUACAAGGAUGUAUAUGUUUGUACAGGACCCCUUUAUCUUCCAAAAGUGGAUAUUGAUGGAAAGAAAUAUGUACGUUAUGAAGUCAUUGGUACAAAUCAUGUAGCAGUACCAACACACUUUUACAAAAUAGUAGUUGGAGAAACGCAUGAUUCACGAUUGGAGAUGGAAGCCUUUGUCAUGCCGAAUGCUCCUAUUGACGAUAAUACGCCACUAAAAAAUUUUCAUGUGCCACCCGAGAGUAUCGAACGAGCAGCAGGUCUUUUGUUUUUUGACAAAAUAUCACGGGAAAGGUUGGCGAAAAUAAACGGAAAGAGCGUGGGAUAUUUCUAAUAGAGGCAAUAUCUAGAUAACAAGAAAAUAAACUUGUAGGUUUUUUUCAUCUAUACUGAAUUUAGAGUUAUCGCGUAUCGCGAUUCUCAUCGACGACUGUGAACGCGUCUUAUUUAUUUUUUUUUUAUGGUGCUGAUUGGUUUUACAGGUUUUACUGUAAUAUCCACUCACACUUUCCUUCGAUAUUGCAGAAUAUACUUAUCUCAAAAGUUGUGCACGUGCGACGUUUUCAUACGCUCGAACACAAGCAGAACCAGAUGCAAUUUAUAUUAAUUUAUUGUGAAAAAAUAAAUAUAUUAUUGUUGUAAGUAAACAGCAGGUUAUUAACAA